CUUAACAGGUGGUUCUUCAACAGCAGCUGACUUCUAAGUCAAGAACGAUUGAGCAAAGAUUACAGCUGAGCCGAAGCUGUUUAAACUCUUCUCUGCACGGAGAUGAGGUCCCACACGGUCGGGGUGCUUCGGCAAUACGCAGCCGCCAUCUCAGCUGCUAUCCCCGUGUUCAUCGUGGGAAGCUGGAUCUCAUGGCCUUCUUCCGCGGUCAAGUCCAUCCUCAGCGGCGAGACCAACCUGGACAUCACCCCCGAGGAACUCUCAUGGGUCGUAGCUCUACUUGACUUGGGAAACGCUCUCAGCCCAAUACCUUCUAGCUUCGUGUCCAACUGGCUCGGCCGCAAACCCACUCUCGUCGCGUUAUCCGUUUCCUUCUUGGUGGCAUCUUUGUUGGUGGUCUUUGCGACAAAUGUAUAUUACUUGUAUGUUGCUCGCCUCAUUAUCGGCAUCGGUAAGGGUCUCGCCUUCACAGUCGUGCCCAUAUACCUCGGGGAAACAGCCGGUACCAAGGUGAGAGGGAGUGUUGGAACACUCUUCCUAGGAUUGAUGAACUAUGGAAUUCUAUUUGAACUGUGCAUCGGUCCACUAGUUUCCUAUGAAACUCUCAACUUGCUUUCAAUCCCUUUUCCCAUCAUAUUCUUCCUCCUUUUCUUCCAAGUCCCAGAAUCACCGUACUACAUGCUGAUGAAAGGACGAGUGAAGGAUGCACAAAAGUCACUCUCAUGGUUUAGAAGUCUUGAGGAGGAUUCAGCGGAAUUGCAACAAGAACUCAAACAGAUCGCUACAAACGUGGAACAAGACAUGAAACAGAGAGGCAGCUAUUUGGAACUGAUCAACACUCCGAGUGCAAGAAGAGCGACACUGAUCAUCAUGGGGCUAGCCUCUCUACAAAGGUUUACAGGUGCUACAUGCAUCACAGCGUACUCCACCACUACUCUACCCCCGACUGGAGGCUACUUCAGCCCCUCGGUAUACAUGGUGUUCUUCGGAAUCACCAUGAUCUUAGGACAGGUGAUUUGUAGCACUCUGGUGGACAUCUUCGGCCGCAAACCUCUCCUGAUCAUGUCAGGGUUUGGAUGUGCCGUGUCUACAGCUGCAAGUGCUUUGUUUUACUGGCUCGACGAGUCACAUGACAUAUCAGCCUUCAACUGGGUGCCUUAUCUGGGUGUUGUUAUAUACGGAGUUAGCUUCUCUACUGGACUGGGAACCAUUCCCCCCAUCAUAUGUGCUGAACUUUACCCAGCAAAUGUGAGAAGUUAUGCAGCAGCUGUUGCUGCGAUAUUUUAUGCCAUUUCAUCGUUUAUCAUAAACAAAAUUUAUCUCCAAAUCAAAUUGUCUUUUGGAAUUUACUUCAUGUAUUUAUUUUUCAGUCUGUGUUCAAUUUUGUGUGUAGUUUUCACGUCCUCUUUCAUUUUUGAAACGAGCGGUUUGACGUUUCUUGAAAUCCAAACCACGCUUAAAAAGAAAAGUACGUACAAAAGUACUGAUGUAGUAAAAAAUGGUUCUUCCUCGUAGAUUACUUAUUUUUAUUCAGGAAUAAGAAAUACAUGUAAAUAGUGUAUAUUUAUUGUAAAGUAUUGUUAAUUAAAAAAAUGUUAUGAAAUAACAUAUUUGUUGUCAAAAUAGAAAUUCUUUCUGGCAACACCCCAAUACUAAAGCAGUAUCAUACAAACCAACAAAUGCCUAUUUUUGUAACAUAAUAUUUUGUGUUCAAUAACUAGUUGAACUUGUUUCCUGUU